UAGCCUACUUCAGUCUUGAUCAUUUGAAGAAAACUUUGUGGGAGAGGAGGGGACUUGUCUUUUCCUCUUUGCAGAACUUAUCUGUGUUGCAAUCCGUUCAGAGACUACCACCAUGAAGUUCCCCGCAAAACAAACUGUCUUCUUAUUGGCGUCUGUUUUCUUUCUCUCUGUUUCUGCAGACUCAAACGCACCCAAGGUCCACACAGCACUCGGAAGUCUGAGAGGUGAAUAUGUGAGUGUAAAGGGGACGGUGAAUGGGGUCCAUGCCUUCCUGGGUGUCCCAUUUGCCAAGCCACCUGUAGGCCCUGCCUCAAGACUCUCUGUACCCCAGCCCGUGGAGGGAUGGGAAGGAAUGAGAGAUGCCACCCAGCAGCCACCCAUGUGUAUUCAACCUAAACAAGUGAUUAUCGAUCUGCUUGACAAACUUGGUGGCAUGGCGGCAGAGAUCCCAGACGUUUCAGAAGACUGCCUUUACCUCAACAUUUAUACCCCUGCAAACAGAGCUAAUGGUGCCAAGCUCCCAGUAAUGGUCUGGAUCCAUGGUGGAGGCUUUACGCUUGGGUCAGCAUCGAUGUAUGAUGGCUCUGUCCUGGCUGCUUACCAGAAUGUAGUUGUAGUUCUGGUCCAGUACCGCUUGGGAAUCCUGGGCUUUCUCAGCACGGGAGAUGAACACAUGUCAGGGAACUUUGGCCUACUGGACCAGGUCGAGGCUCUGAGAUGGGUCCAGCAGCAUAUACACAGCUUCGGCGGCAACCCAGAUUCAGUUACAAUAUUCGGGGAGUCUGCUGGUGGAGUGAGCGUAUCCCUCCUGCUUUUGUCACCACUGACUGAUGGACUUAUCCAACAUGCCAUUGCUGAGAGUGGCACUGCUGCAAUGGAUGUACUCGUAGUAAAUGAUCCUCUGCCAGUGACACAGAUAGUUGCAAAUAUAUCAGGCUGUAGCUCUGACGCCACAGAGAAGAUCGCGGAUUGUAUAAAAAAUCUUGAUCUUAAUACUAUCUUGACUAUUGCGCAGAAUGAAAGACUGAGAUAUCCCAUAAAUGUUGAUGGACACUUCCUGACAAAACCUGUGGACGAGCUGUUUCAGAAGCAUGAACUGCUAACUGUACCCUUUAUGACUGGCGUUAACAAUGAUGAAGGAGGCUGGUUACUUUUUGAUGCCUUUGCUCCAAAAAACUGGACAGAUGGACUGGAUCUGGAGACUGUAAAGAACAUGCUCAUGAUGUUUUACCCUGAUCCAGACGUGUUAGAUGUGAUAAUAGAUGAAUAUAUUGGAAGUGGUGAAGAUUGGGUGAGAAAUAGAAAUGGGUAUGCUGAGGUUCUUGGAGAUGUCUUAUUCACACUUCCAGCCAUCAAGUCUGCUAAUGCCCACAGAGAUGCUGGUGCACCUGUGUACUUGUAUGAGUACCAGUAUCCUCCCAAAUUUUUGCAGGAAAAAAGGCCAAGCUUUGUUAGGGCUGACCAUGGAGAUGAAAUCUUCACAGUAUUUGGUUUCUGCUUCACAACUAAACAUGUCACAAUAAAAGAUGGAUGCCCUGAAGAGGAGGAAGAGUUGAGCAAAAUCAUGAUGAGCUACUGGGGCAACUUUGCUCGCACUGGGUCUCCGAAUGGGGAAGGUCUCUCUCACUGGCCAAAGUAUGGAGCGGAAGAACACUACUUGAAAAUCGAUUUGAAGGAGCAGGUAACUGGUGAACACCUGAAGAAGGACCGGUUCAUCUUCAUGAGUCAGACCCUACCAGAAAAGGUCCAACAACUCAAAGAGAAGACGGAUCACAAUGAGCUGUAGAACAGUCUCCUCUCCUUGCUGUUUUUUCUUAAGUUUUUUGUUGAUUCUAUCUUGAACUACCAAAAAGUCAGUUGAAACACAUUAGACAAAUAAAACAAAAACAUCUUUGAACAAUUAAAAUAAGUGUGGGAUAGAGAUGUUUUAAUCUAUUGUUAAUAUUUAACAUUGGAUAAAGCUUCAGGGAAUAUUUUCUGGACAACCUUCCUACAUGAUCAAGCAUAAUAUGAAGUAUGUUUUGAACCCUUUUAAGUUGAUGUUUGAGACUAACUUUUCAGCAAUGAUUUGUUUGAAUUACUCACUGAAGAGUUUUAACUUUUAUUUUUCCUCUACACAGACAAACACUGGGAACACACACACACGUAUCGUUGUGAGUGGGUUCAAAUGGAUCAUUGGUUUACAGUUCAAUUUGUAAUCAGGGUUUUUUAUAGAUCUAGCAGCAGUAUCAAAGGUGAACAUGGGUCAUUUGAGUUAGUACUUAAUAUUGAUAACAGACAUUUGUUUGUUUGCUAUCUUUGGUUUCAUAUCUCACAGGCCCCCCCACAGCAGUGAAGGCUGAUAAUCCAUCCUAGGUGAUAGUUGAGAUCAGUUUAAUUACAUUAAAGCACUGUGACACACACGCAAAAAGAAUAAACAGAUUUGAUAAAAACCUC